GGCCCAGCGGACCUCCGCCGGACCUCUGCACGGUUUUUCUUUUAUUCCGGGACUUCAUUAAAAGCCACGGCGGCUCUUCCCAUGUUGGCCCCGGGAGGCUCCCCGGUCUCCACUCGCUCUGCACUCGGAAUCCGUCGGCGGCCGCUUCCAGGUCUUGAAAAAACAUGGAAACGUGGUUUUUGAAUCACGUCCUCGGUUUGCUCCUGCUGGUCUCACCGGGGCCCCUCGGUGCGUGGACCCCGCCGCACACCGACACCGCCACCGACCGCAGGAGCAGCAGGGAUCCGGUAACGGGAGGAUAUUAUCAGUAUUAUUCCCAUCAGCCAGCCGGCACGGAGGGAGCCGGAGCCGCGGAAAACAAAGUCCUCACCGCCGCAACUUCACACUCCAGCGAGAGUUUGUUACCGAGCGGAGGAGACGUCCCGCACACACACACUGCUGAAACACACACUGCUGCUGCCGGAAACCUGGCCACUGAGCAGACGCAAACCCUGCAAGAAACAAACAGCUGGUCACAAGAGAAGACCGCAGGCCCGUCCACUGAGCCUUUCGUCUCCACUGUCGUAGCAACCACUGAGCCCAGCAACACUGACUGGGAGGACCUCCCCACCCCGGACCGGCUGCCCGACUUUUCCCCAGCUUUUUCCGUGGAGCCCAGACCCUGGACGGUGACUGAAGAGGGCGGCCUGCCCCGGGACAGUCCGGAGAGCAGCCUGAGGCUAGGAGAUGCCACGGGCUCUGCCUCCUCGACAGCCCUCGGCGUCCCCGUCCGCACCGACAGCACCUACUUUUCCACCACCGUCAGCCGGGCCGGGGAGAGGACCUUGCUGUCCGUGACUCUAUCCACAUCAGGCAACAGCACCUCCUCCGUGUUUACAGAGGACACCAACUCCCGUCAGCCCCCCUCCACCUGGGGCGUCCCAGUUAGGGGUACGGAAUCUGAGGACUAUACCAACAGUGUCCCGUCCACUAGUGCCAAUGACAGGGAUACGACCCGUUCAGACCCUCACCUCACCCACUCUUUCAGCCGGACCUUUUCUGAGACGGAGAGCCCAGGCAUGUCUAGGGGAACCCAUGCUUUAACGGGACGUCCAAAUUCCACCGAGGAUCAACCCGCCUCAACGUCCGAAGGGACUCCCAACUCAACCCCACCUCUCAGGGUGACGGGAACCAGCACGGACCAAUCGGACAUGUCAGUUUCAUCCACACCUCCUGGCGUUUCUCCUGACGGCAGGCCUGCCAACGUCUCAGGGACGGUCCAGGGUUCGGGUUCCAGUGUUGGGACAUCCACCGAAUCUUCAACCGGAAGCCUGAGCUCCAGUAGCAGUGGGACCCAGGGAGGCACAGAAAGGGUUUCCUCCCAGACCGAAGAGGUGGAUGUGGGCGCGGGUCUGACCACGGCGCUCCCAACGGUCAGAACCAGCAUCACUGAACUGGACGACUCUCUGACCAGAUUCCUGUCCGGUCAGCCGCCCUUCAUCCCCAAGACAGACGGUCCGGUGUCGUCAACCGAGGUCUUCCUCACCACCACACCCGUCACUGUUGCACACAGGUCUCAGGUAACAGAGGAAGAGGAGACCUUCAAAGCCGCUGCCACCACUGCCUCCACCCCCACCCCUCCUCCAAGCAGCAGCAGCAGUGGCGGCGGCAGCAGCAGCAGCAGCAGCAGUGGCAGCAGCAGUCCCACCCAGGGGUCGCCCACCCUGGACUCCAUCACCACACCCCCUGCUACAGUCUCCACUCUGGGUCAGCAGACCUCCACGGCGGCUCCCGCUCAGCCCCUGUCACCCAGCCACACCCAGGGCCCCUCCACGGGCAUGGCCGGUCCUGUGAACGUCACCGUCCACCGGCCAGAGGUGAGCACGGCUACUCAGGGGGUCACGAUGGCCCGCGGCGUGCACACCACCACCGCCACCACCACCGCCACCUCCAGCCCCAGCACCCCAACCCGCAGCACCGCGGCCCCUCACAUCACCAGGAAGCAGACCGACAGGGGGACCACGGAGCCGGCGGUGACAACAGCACCCACUGAGUUUCAGCCCACCAAGGCACCACCAAGAAACCCGUGUGCACCGAACCCCUGCAUGAACGGAGGGAUGUGUGUGAGCCACGAGGGCCGCGAAUUCACCUGCCGCUGUCUGCAGGCCUGGACGGGACUGAACUGCAGCGAGGAUGCAAAUGAGUGUGAGCAGGACCCCUGCCCCCCCGGCUCCAGGUGUGUGAACACGCAAGGCUCCUUCAGCUGCAAGUGUCCGCUGGGCUUCGACCUGCACGACGGACGCACCUGCACCCGAGCAAAAACCUUUCUGGGAACGUUCAGCGUGAACCGGCAGCCGCACGACCUCGUGGAGUUCAGGAGAGUCAUCGUGCACGAGAUCCAGAGGGAGAUCAUCCAGCUGCUCAACGCCUCCCUGUCGGUUCUGCACGGUUACAGCCGCUCCACUCUGAGUAACUCUGAGGAGGAGGACGGGCUGCACAUCUCCGCCGUCAACAUGUUCUCCGUCUCCACCGAGGUGACGAGCGCCGAGGUCUUCAACAGCAUCCAGAUGUCGCUCAGCAACUGCAGCUCGUCAUCGGCCCACUGCAGGAUGGUGCUGCACCACAAGCUCACCUACCAAGUGGAGAGCCUGUGUUUGGCCCAGAAGACGCCGUGUGACACCGAGCGCUCCACCUGCACCGACAGCAGCGGGACGGCCUAUUGCCAGUGUCUGCAGGGGUACUACAAACACAACCCCGAGGACCUGUCCUGCAUCGAGUGUGGAGACGGAUACAAGCUGGAGAACGGCACCUGUGUCCAGUGCAUGUUUGGAUUCGGAGGCUUCAACUGUGGAAACUUUUACAAGCUGAUUGCAGUGGUGGUGUCGCCUGCAGGGGGCGGCCUGCUCCUCAUCCUCAUCAUCGCCCUCAUCGUCACCUGCUGCAGGAAAGACAAGAACGACAUCAACAAGAUCAUCUUCAAGAGCGGCGACCUGCAGAUGUCCCCGUACACCGACUUCCCCAAGAGCAGCCGCGUGUCCAUGGAGUGGGGCCGCGAAACCAUCGAGAUGCAGGAGAACGGCAGCACCAAGAACCUGCUGCAGAUGACCGACAUCUACUACUCUCCGGCGUUACGCAACUCGGACCUGGAGAGGAACGGCCUGUACCCGUUCACCGGUUUGCCCGGCUCCCGCCACUCCUGCAUCUACCCGGCGCAGUGGAACCCAUCCUUCAUCAGCGACGAUUCACGGAGAAGAGACUACUUCUGAGGGCCGGCGCCCCACAACACACACACACACGCACACACACACACACACACACACUUCCUCUGGCCCGUACCCUCCCCUGUCCUGUCGUGUCGUGAUGAAGUUGAACUGGAUUUGCAUUUGCGAUGGAUGUGCUGCACCACAAGUAUUCAGGGGGAAACACACUAAUAUAGACGUGAAUCUGUGUGUGUGUGUGUGUGUGUAUCUGCAUGUUGUGUAAGUGCAUGCUUUAUGUGAGCCUGCUUUUGAAUGACCACACGCUUAAGUGUCAAAACAUGGAAAUGUCGCUGCGGCUGCUGUGAGAGCAGGUGACGCUCCAAGCUGCCAAAGGUGUGAUGGAUUUCCCCUCCGGGUCAGAGGGCGGGCGGGUGGAGCGCCAACAGAACCACUGAAGGUGUCAGAUGCACAUCAAAGUUUUUUUUUUACGCAGAUGGAAAGCGACGUUCGCUCUGACGCCGGUGUUAAUUUAUUCCCCGUGUUUGUUUUGAUAUGUAGCAUAAUGGACGUUUCACACACACACACUGAAGUGACUUUGUUUUUAUGUGUGUGUGUGUGUGUGUGUGUGUGUGUGUGUGUGUGCCUCUUAUGGUUUCUGGUGUGAAGACUGCAUGUGUGUGUGUGUGUGUGUGUGUGUGUGUGUGUGUUUGUGUGCACGCAUGGAAUUUAACACAAUAUCUGUGACUGAAGGAUCAGAGGACUUAUACCACGUCGAGUGAUUGUAUGUAAAGAUGUAUCAUAAUUAGUUUGAUAAUUUGUAGAUGGAAUAUUUUUAUGCGACAGUUUUCCUCUCUUGUUGAUUGCAGAGUGAUGUUGAUUCUGGCGUUUUAGUCAGACAUGUUUAUUUAAAUAAAAGU